AUGACGAGCGAGAAAAGAGUUGAAGUUGAAGAAAUGCUGGAACGUAUCCAGUCUCAUAAAGGAGUUGUAGGACUUGUCAUUGUUAGCGAGGAUGGAAAUCCGAUCAGGUCUACACUGGACAACUCGACCACCCUUCAAUAUGUGUCCAUGUGUAACACGCUCUGCGGGAUUGCACGCGGGAUCGUGAGGGACACCGACCCGCGAAACGAUCUGAAAAUUCUGCGCGUGCGCACCAAGAAGCAUGAAAUCAUCAUGGCGCCUGAAGGAGGGAAACAUUUGAUCGUGAUUCAAACAGGAGAACAAACGCAGCAAACUUUAAAAACCCUCAUAGACUAG